AUGGUGGUGAAGCUCUCGAAAGCGGAGAAGAAGGUCCGCUACGACAAGAAGCUGUGCUUGCUUCUGGACGAGUACGGGAAGGUCCUAAUCGCCGCCGCCGACAAUGUUGGGUCCAACCAGCUCCAAAGCAUCCGCAGGGGCCUCCGUGGCGACUCCGUCAUCCUCAUGGGCAAGAACACCCUCAUCCGCCGCUGUAUCCGCUUCCACACCGAGAAGACCGGCAACAAGGACUUCCUCAACCUCCUCCCCCUUCUCGUCGGGAAUGUGGGAUUGAUAUUCACAAAGGGCGAUCUUAAGGAAGUUAGCGAGGAGGUUGCCAAGUACAAGGUAUUUUUGAAGCAACUUCACUUGGGAGAUUUAGAAGAGGUCCUCAAGAUUCUCAGCCAGGAUCAGAGGGAGAACUUCAAGAAAAUAUUCAGAUGUCUCCACUUCCAAGCUGAUGAUGUAUUUAAAGAACGUGAAGUGAAUGCUGGAGAGUCGUCGCCGUCUCGCCGGAUGCUCUAUGAUCGACCAUUCUCACCGUCGAUCCGCAGUCUCGAAGGUGUGAACGUCGACGCUGGAAAGACGAAAGCCGGGAAGACGGCUAGCUUGGUGUACGGGCCAGAGAGGCUGAGCCCAGGCGGACCCGACCCCAUGCAUCACUGA